AUGAAGAGUCACAAAGUGGUUCCUAUAGAACAAGCAGUCAGUGACCUGAAGGACCAGCUGAAAUCUGACUUACAGUCUCUGCAGGACAAGAGGGACAAAUACAAACAAGUGAAGGAAAAAUACAAUCAAGUGACUCAACACUCCAAGAAGCAGCUGUUGUCCAGAGAGAGACAGAUCAGAGCAGAGUUCAACAAGCUCCACCAGUUCCUGAGAGAGGAAGAGGAGUCCAGACUGGCAGCUCUGAGGGAGGAAGAGGAGCAGAAGGGGAAGACUAUCAGCAGAGAGAUGAAGAGGAUUCAGGAGCAGAUCUCCUCUCUGUCAGACAGUAUCUCUGCUGUUGAAGAAGAGCUGCAGAAACACAACGUGCCAUUCCUCAGCAGUUAUAAAGCCACUCAGACCAGAGCCAGAGUCCAGUGCUCACUGUCAGAUCCACAGCUGCUCUCAGGAGCGCUGAUAGAUGUGGCCAAACACCUGGGCAACCUGUCCUUCAGAGUCUGGGAGAAGAUGAAGGAGAAGGUCCACUUCAGUCCUGUCAUUCUGGACCCAAACACUGCAAACCCCCGUCUCUAUCUGUCUGAUGAUCUGACCAGUGUGAGAUAUGGAGAUAUAAACCAACAGAUUCCUCAGAGUCCAGAGAGAAGCACCAAGAAUGUCAAUGUUCUGGGCUCUGAGGGCUUCAGCUCAGGGAAACACAGCUGGGAGGUGGAGGUGGGAGAUCACCCUCUCUGGAAUAUAGGUUUGGUAAAAGAGUCAGCUGACAGGACGGGAGAUAAAGACGUCUUGCCAGCCAAUGGUUUCUGGUCUUUAUCAUAUCGCGAUGGAGUAUACAUUAAUGCUGUUGCAAAGAAUCUCAUUGUGAAGAAGAGUCUCCAGAGGAUCAGAGUCCAGCUGGACUAUGACAGGGGGGAGGUGUCCUUCUACGACCCUGAAGACAUAACUCACAUCUACACUCACAGAGACUUUUUCACUGAGAAACUCUUCCCAUAUUUCAGUAUUGGACCGGCUGGUGCAACAACAGUUGAUAUCAAAAUCUGUCAACGUGAUUUCUCUGUGCUGUUCAGGGAAGGUGGUGAGGUCUAA